GGGCGCGGAGCGGAGCAGAGCAGCGCUGCCGGCCCGAGGCGUCCCAGCUUGCAGCUCCGCUCGCAUCUCGCCGCCUGGCCCCGGCUCGCCAGGGCGGGACCCAGGGCGCAGGCAGGGCUGCUAGGGAGGCGGCGGCGGACACAGGCGGCCGCGCAGGGCAGCCGGAGGAUGCUGCUGCUCCUGGUCCUGCCCUUGCUGCUGGGGGCGGCUUGCGCAGCUCCGGCGGCGGAUGGGGGAGCCGAGCUGCCGCCCGGGGAGCCGGAGCCGAGCUUCCCUCGGGAGGAGGCCAGUCUGAACGAAAUGUUCCGCGAGGUGGAGGAGCUGAUGGAGGACACGCAGUACAAGCUGCGGAACGCCGUCAAGGAGAUGGAGGCUGAGGAAGAAGGGGCAAAAAACCCAUCAGAAGUUGACUUUGAAAACUUACCUCCCAGCUACCAUAAUGAAUCCAACACAGACACCAAAAUUGGUAAUAAAACCAUUCAUACCCACCAGGAAAUUGACAAGGUUACAGAUAACAAAACUGGAUCAGCAAUCUAUUCUGAGACCGUUAUUACAUCUAUAAAAGAUGGAGAAAGCAAGAGGAAUCAUGAGUGCAUCAUUGAUGAGGAUUGUGAGACAGGGAAAUAUUGCCAGUUCUCCAGUUUCGAAUACCUAUGUCAGCUUUGUAAAACCCAACAUGCACCUUGUUCCCGAGACGUUGAAUGCUGUGGAGACCAGCUUUGUGUCUGGGGUGAAUGUGUGGAAGCUGCUUCAAAAGGCAAGACUGGCACAAUUUGUGAAAAUCAACAUGACUGUAAUCCUGGGACAUGCUGUGCUUUUCAGAAAGAUCUUCUGUUUCCUGUGUGUACUCCAUUACCUGCAGAAGGAGAACCUUGCCAUGAUCCUUUAAACAAACUCCUGAACCUGAUCACGUGGGAACUGGAACCAGAUGGAGUGCUUGAGCGCUGCCCAUGUGCAAGUGGCUUGAUAUGCCAGACUCACAGCCACAGCACUGUGCCUGUAUGUGAAGUGUCUUUUAAUGACACCAGAAGUAAUGAAAAGGAAGACGCUUUGCUCAUGGAUGAAAUAUCGUUUCUUGGUUUGAUACCCAGAGAUGUGCUUGGUGAUUAUGAAGACAGCAGCAUCAUUCAGGCAGUGCGGAAGGAAUUAGAAAGCCUGGAAGGAAAUACUUCCCAACAGACAGAUUUAAAGGAGCCUGACUUGGCUCAUGAUCUGCUCUUUGGAGAUGAGAUUUAAAUUAAACACAGGGCAGAUUUGUCACUGACACAAUAAGAAUUACAUUUCUAGAAGUGUCUAGUAUUUUGCUUGUAUAAAUCCUGAAAACACACACACUGCUGGAUAGAAGUGCAAUAAAUGAUAUUUUAAAGGGGUUUCUUCCUAUUCCCUUCCCCCAAACCUGGACAGACUUUUUUUUAAUCCAUUCAGAAGGUUGGACUAAACUAAAUCAAAGGGCAAGUGGGGGCCUAACUGUUAUGGUUUUCUUUGGACUAGUUACUCAGUCCUGGGUGCCAAAAUAAACUUACUAGUUUGGUAUUAAGAGGAAAAGAGCAUGUGUCAAAGUGUUAAUGUUUUAUACAUAAUCUCAUUUAAAUUAUUGGUGACCCUAAAGUGAAAGUUUUGAGCAUUGCAUUUUCUGUACAUAUGUUUGGAAUAAUGGUUAUUGUUCUGGGGUGAGGAAGAACCCACUUCUUGGUUUAGAUUAUUUUCAGGCAUUAGUCUUCAGCCAUGUAUGUGUUUCUUUUAAAAAAUAUAUAAUCACAGUGAAGUUGCAAUAAA